AUGUUUAAAUGCGAACAGUGUCUUUCGGUUUUCACACGUAGAGAUAGUUUGGUCAGACAUGGAAAAACUCAUACCGGUAUUCAUUUUCCAUGUACUAUAUGUCAGUCAUCAUUCACAUACAAGACCAGUCUCACCAAACAUUUGAAAAAUGUUCAUGGCAUCGUUCAGGCUCAUCGUCAGCCUGCACCGGUUGUUGCUCAACCCACUCGACAGGGCGACAUACAGAUUCCCCCUCAAAUUUUCAUCCCCGAUAUCCCAGCUGGUGGCUCGAACAUGGUAUCCGAGGACGAGAUUUGCAUGGCAGCUAUGGAAGAAUUUGAAAAAGUUCAAGACGAUAAUACAGACUCUUAUACAACUACGAGCGUAAACGGUAAACGAGUUUCCACCGCCAACACCACUUCGGCUGCUAGAGCGAAAAAAGCACGCAUGGAUAUGGUGAAGUCCCCCGGGUUAGUUGAAAUUUCAUCGUCAGCGGGUCGAAAAAUCAUCUGGUAUUUCACAAAAAAUUUCAAUAAUGUUAAAAAUUAUACCGACUUUCUACGUCCUCUUGCACCGGCUCUGUCAGACAUGAUGAAAAAUCACGUACAGCAACAUCCAAUAAAAUUUAGCUUGAAGCUCGAGGCUACUUAUAACCGAUCAAACGUACCCAAUUCGUUCGAAAAUAGGGCGUUUAAAACAUCAGCAGUUGAAGUUUUUUCGGAAAGUAACAUUGCUGAGAUUAUUGAAAGAGCUUAUAUAAAAUUAUUGACCGAGGAAGAAGCUUAUACUAGCAGAGGAAGCGGGUUUACCCUGGAAUCUAUAGAUGGGCUAUUGUUGACCGUGUACAAAUACACACCGAUGGACGGGUCGUCAUACAUACCGCAGCUUGCGUAUAUCGAUAGGAAACGGGGUACAAUAAAUCCUCAGAAUGUAGACCAACAGUGCUUCAAGUGGGCUGUAUUAGCCAAGCAUGUGACAGGGCCGGCGGUAUACCGUAUAGGAGAAAAUUAUAGACAACACGAGGACAAAUACAAUUUCAAUGGUAUAUCGUUCCCAACGCCAUUAUCCGACGUUAAGAAAUUCGAAUAUAAUAACCCGACUGUCUCUGUGAAUGUGUAUGGGUUAGACAAAAAGUUUCAGCCACCGCGUAAAUAUCCGACGUACGAGGUGUACCCGCUACGUGUCGUUGAUGAGGAGAAAGCCAACCACUUUGAUCUGUUGUUGGUAGCAGACGAAAGCGGGUCGCAUUACAUCUACAUCUCGAAUUUUUCACGCCUUAUACGCUCUCAAAAGACUGGACAUAAAGAGACUGUCGUAUUUUGCAAAAGGUGCUUUACCAGCUUUGACAAUCAAAGAUAUAAAUAUAAAUUGAAUGGGCUUGAGGCGUUAACUCAGCAUAAGCUUAUAUGCGGUGCACAUAAGCCAAUAUUACCGGUGAUGCCGAAAGAAGGUGAAUGUCUGCAAUUUGAAGCAUGGAGAAACACUCAGAGACAUCCUAUAGUAAUAUAUGCAGAUUUCGAAACUAUACUGAUGAAGACGGAUGAGAAGAAGGGGGGAAAUACAAAAAUAAUGCACAGACAUGAAGCGAUGAGCUAUGGACUCAUUGUGAAGGCGAGCAAUGACGUACCGAUAGAGCUAUUAGCGAGACAUGAGAUACCAACGGAACCAACAUUAUAUCGAGGAAGUGAGAGUCGACAGGACGUGGCGAGACAUUUUGUCGAAACCGUGUUUGAAAUAGCAUUAAAGAUAGAGAAGUUAUUGAAAACGAAUAUUCCAAUAAAUAUGUCCGCAGACGACAUACAAGUUCAUGAAGCAGCGACGCACUGCAAUCUAUGCAAAAUCGAGUUUACCCCACCUUCAGAGGUACUAUAUCGUAAGACAGCUGACCAUUGCCAUCUCACAGGAAAAUACCGUCAAGCUCUCUGCAAUGUAUGCAACCAAAAACUACAAACACCCGUUUUUGUACCGUGCUACUUCCAUAACUUGUCCAACUAUGACGCGCAUCUGAUAGUCACAGAACUUGGUUAUGACACCCAGACUAUUAGAGUAAUACCAAACACUGAGGAAAAAUACAUAUCAUUCUCUAAAUAUGUGUCAAGUAAAUUCCAAAUCCGUUUCAUAGACACUUUUAGAUUCAUGGCAUCAGGACUAUCAACUCUAGCUAAAAAUCUUGUAACACCAGGUCUGGAGAACUUCAGAGAGACCGCUAAAGUUUUUAAUAAAGUCGAUAUGUCGCUCGUGACUCGGAAGGGAGUGUACCCGUACGAGUACACAGAUAGUUGGAGCAGGUUGGAUGAAGAGAGACUACCGAGGAAGAGGGACUUUUAUAGCACGUUAAACGAGUCGGGAAUAAAGGAAGAGGAAUACACGCAUGCAAAGGAGGUCUGGGACCACUUCGGUUGCAAGACGUUGGGCGAGUACAGUGAUCUGUACUUGAAAAUCGACGUGUUGCUGCUGGCGGAAAUUGAGUACGUAAUUAUACCUACGGGGACGUAUGAGUUGGAUCAGUUAGAGACAAUUAUACAAAAAAUGAUGCCUGACUAUGUCAGUAUGUUUGAAUUAAAAACAAACAGCAGAACAUUAAAGUGUAUAAUAUCGUGCAGUCAUAACGUUGAUUUUGGAAUCGAGAAUAGCAUAGCUAAAUUGUUAGGGUUUAGAAAUGUGCUAUACACUACCGGUGCUAGUCAUGAAUCUGAAAAUAUUGUCAACAUAAUGAAAAUAAACUGUAUAAAAGUAGAGUGUAAUCUAAUCAUCGGCUCAUUCUGUGACGGAGUACCGAGCCAGUUCAUACACGAGUUUUAUCCUACUGUAUCUGUGGGAUAUAAAAUCGUUGAGGUACCUAGGCAUCCAGUUUUUUAUGGUCUUAAUACGACUUCAAUAACUAAAGUAAAUAUUGCGCUAAAAGAUCAGGACGAUUGUCUGAUUAAUCUGCGUGGUGAGCCUAUCACAAUUCGUUUACAAAUAACGCGUGGAUAUGGCACUAAAAUUUAA